GAACACCAUUUCAUAUUCCAUAGCUAAACUAUCCUUGGAUUUAAUCACCUAGUAGCAAUGCCUGCCGAUUACAAUGGGACGUGGGAAAUGAUAUUAAAUGAAAACUUUGAAGGUUAUAUGGUUGCUUUAGACAUCGAUUUUGCUACCCGUAAGAUUGCAAACCAUCUAAAACAAACAAAAGAAAUUAUUCAAGAUGGAGACAAUUUCAAGACAAAGACACUGAGCACUUUCAGAAACUAUGAAUUGAAUUAUACCAUAGGAGUGGAAUUUGAAGAGCACACCAAGGGGCUUGACAGUCGAGUUGUGAAGACAACAGUGACCUGGGAUGGUGACAAACUUGUCUGUGUCCAGAAAGGUGAAAAAAACAAUAGAGGCUGGAAACAUUGGAUUGAAGGAGACAAACUGCAUCUAGAAUUGACUUGUGGAGACCAGGUGUGCCACCAAGUCUUCAAGAAGAAAAAAUAGACUGAUGAAGCUGAUACAGCUGCCACAUUUAUGUUGAUGAUUUUUUCUCUUUUAAGAUAACUAUAGAAAUAAAAGUUUGAUUUUCAUUAGUGA